UAAAUUUCCCGCUUCCUCCAGCUUCUCGUUCCCCGAGCUCCCGCGGCUAAAAUUUCCGUUGGUAUUUCCCUCCUCUAUUCACCGUGAGUAUCUGAGUUCGUUCUCUAGAUCUGAUUGAUUGUUAUGUUCUUCAGCUUUUUGUCUAGAUCAUCACCAUUCGGUCUAUCCUUGUUCUUCAGCUUCUCACUACGUUUUUUUUUAGCCCCGAAUGCUUGCCCACACAGAUUUUGAACUGCAUCAGACAUUCCAUGAUGCGAAGUAAAACAUCAUCAGUAGCUGAUUACAUGGAUAAGGAGCAGACCCCCAAAAUUACCAGAAGAACAACUAGAUCUUUGGCUUCGGCAACCACUUUGGAUAACCCCGUGACUGAAGUAACUAAUUUUGGUCCUCCUUCAGCAGCAAAUCAUCCCAUGGUUGAAGGAGAUCCAGAAGUGGACAAGGAGGGAACCCCACAAAUUCCCAGAAGGACAACCAGAUCUUUUGCUUCAGCAUUCAAUUCAGAUAAUAUAGCAACAAAAGUAACUAGCAUUGACCCUCCUACAAUAAAUGACCUUUUAGUUGGAGGAGAUCCUAUUAGUCUGGAUGAUUUAAUAUCUGCUUUUCCUGGUAGACGUAGCCAGAUUGUUGAGCUUAUGCGUCUUUUGGGACCUUUGAAUUCACCAACAUUGCCUUUAUUUGUGUAUGGUGGUCCUUCUACAGGAAAAACUAGCAUCAUUCUUCAAUUGUUUAGGCAUCUCAACAGGCCUCUUGUUUAUUCAAGCUGUAGUACAUGCUAUAACCAGCGGAUCUUGUUUGAAUCUAUUUUGAAUUCAUUGUUUCUUCAUAGAAAAAGUGCUGCCAAUGGUUACUCAAAUGCAAAACGAUGUGAUAGACCAUCUGACUUCGUCAAUUUUCUUAGGGAUGCAUUGGCCAAUGUGAUAAAUAAUCUGAAGUCAAAUUCAGAGAAAUUGACAUCAAAUAAGAUGGCAGCAAGGGGAACUGGAAAUAUGAUUUACUUGGUAUUUGACAAUUUUCAUCUUGUUAGGGAGUGGGAUAAAAGUUCUACUAUAGUACCCUUUCUGUUUAAUCUCUAUGAUCUGCUAAAUAUGCCAGAGGUGGGCUUGAUAUUUAUUAGCAGUACUUCCCCGGAUACCUAUUAUGCUAAUAUGGGUUAUGUGGAACCUGUCCCCGUCUUCUUUCCUGAUUAUACGGAGGUUGAUCUUCAUCAAAUAUUCUUGAGAAACCAAGCAAACCAAAAGUUGUAUUCUUCAUUUCUGGAUGUAGUUUUGAGGCCUUUCUGUAGAGUUACAAGACAGGUGGAUGAAUUGUUUACCGCCUUCAAGUCACUAUUUGAAAAAUACUGUGAACCUUUAAGUGAUCAUAGUGUUGCUCCUAGUGAAGACAUGAAGAGAAGGUUAUUUAGCCAUCUGAAGCCUCAUAUUGGUUCCUAUUUGAAUGAAAUAUUUAAGAUUUCAUCUCUUCCUUCACUUGAAGUUGAGAUCCAUAAAGAGACCAAAAGGAAGGGGAAUCCCAAGAAAUUGGAGAGAUCUGAAGAAAUUGAGGAGCUGGAAUUUCACAUGUCUACUUGUGCUAAAUAUCUCCUUAUUUCUGCAUUUCUUGCAUCCCGAAACCCUGUGACCCUUGACGACUCACUUUUUGAUCCGACUGGUGGUUUAAACAAUCGAAAACGUAAGAGGAAGACCUCUGCAAAAGCGCAGGAACAGAAACAAAGUGCAGAAGAGGAACUAGUGACGAAAGGACCUGGAACUUUUCCACUAGAGAGGUUAUUAGCAAUCUUCCAGUGUAUAGUGUCGGUUGCAGAAGAUCCAUCUGAUGAAGAGGAACAAAGGAAUGGUGGAUUAGGAAUCGAAGGUGGUAAGGGUGGGCUAAUGUCCGACGUUCUUUUACAGCUAUCCAGUCUCUGCAAUGCUAAUUUUAUUAUCAAAGGAGGAAGCUGUCCUAUAGAAGGCUCGACUCGGUAUCGAUCUGCUAUAUCUGAAGGCCUGGCUUUGAAGGUUGCAAGGAGCCUCAAAUUCCCACUGUCAAAAUAUUUGUAUAGAAGAUAGUUUUUUUAUGCAUGUUCCUCCGCA